CUGUAGAAAAAAUCGUGGGUACAGUUGGUCGACUGUAAUGUUCAUAGUGCCAGAUGUCGGCUCAAUCGCCCAAUUCCUAACCGUAAAAUUUUCAAAUUGUUUGCUUUUUGAGUGCCGUACUUCGUGUCAUUUUGUACAAUUAGGUGCCAUUUCGUCCCAAUUAAAUUAAAUAAAAAUUCUAACGUCCCAUUUUCCCAAUUUGUCGCCAAACCAAUCAAUCAAGUCGCCUAUAACAACAACAAACAAACUCGAAAAUGUCACACUUGACGUUUGUUGCAAUUUUAUUUAUUGUUUAAUGGGUUAAAAUAAACCUUUGUGGCAUAAUGGAGGGCGAUUCGACCAAUCGGGAGGGUGCCCCCCUUGGAGACUCCGGUAGUAGCAGCUUGACUCUGUCCCUAACCCCGCCUUUGUCCGAGACAAGCACGAUCUCCGAGCACCUAUCAAGCGUCGAAAACGACCGUUCGUUGCCAGAGCUGCUCGUCAAUUUCCCCCCAGAUGAGAGGAUCUCACUGGAGCCCAAACCGCCAUCCCUUAGUGAUAGUUACACGAGUAGUUUCGUUAGUCUAAACGGGCUAGAGCGCUUCAUUAGUACAAACAUGGAGGGGCGGACACACGCUCAAAGCAUCCUCGAGGAAAUCCUAAGUAACGACCAGUUCAAGUCCGAUUCCGACGAAAGCUUGAACAUUUUCGCCAACGUGGACCUCGACGACAAACUCCUAAACAGUUACAACGCCGGCAAAAGCGUCAAUUUCGACCUAAACGACGAGGUUUGCAAACGAGUCAAAGACUUUGAGGAUUUGAUCGCAGUCAAAAACACCACUAUUGCCGCCCUAACUUCCGAACUCGACUCAUUUCGCGAAUUGUUGAGCAACACGUCGAGUCUGGGGACCACCACCACCGAGUACAAACAGUUCCAAGAGGAAUGCCAUAAUAAGUUAGUCGAGUACCGCGACGCUAUUGUACAUAGAGACGAACAAAUCGAAAAAUUGACCAGUUCGUUACAACAGGCGAUUUUAAAUCGCGAAGAAAUGAAACAACACUUUAGGAGCGAAAUCGCGCAGUUGCAAGAACAGCUGGAAAAAACCUCAAACUUGCUCAAGGACCACAAAAAAUCGUUUGACUUUGACGAGAUUUGCGCGCAGUUUGAGCACAGUUUGGGGCCCCCACAGUUGGCGCCUUUCGGCGAGUUGAAGGCGGCGUUCGCUAGUUACGUGGAGAUGAGCAAAAGGGCGCUCGAGAACGAGAUUAGCAAUCUGAAGACCAAGUUUAGUUCGGAUAAAGCCCAGUGUGAGAGCGAGAUUAAGAGCGAGUUGGACGCCAAACAUUCGAAGGAAAUGGAGGAGUUGCGGACCUACUUUGAGAAGAAAUGCGCCGAUUUGGAGAAAAAUUACUCGGAGGAGGUGUUCAGUCAGCAGAGCCGCAAAAUGUCCGAAUCGAGUUCGUGUUCCGAGCUCAGUUCGGACUUUGUGGGGCCAGGGGGCGACACUAGAGUUGACUACACAAGGAAGGAUUUGGUUAAAUUGCGCCAGAGUUUGGUUCAGUUGAUUAAAAUUUUCGAUGGUUUCAAUUUGGAGGAUUUGUCCGAUUCCGAUUUUGAGCGUCUCACGUCCGAAAUUGGCAAAUUUGAGUUUCGGAAUUUGCUCAAGUUCGAUUUAAGUCUCAUGAAGAGUGAGCUGCAGAAUAAGUAUCACGCUGAAUUGGAGAUUUUGAGGGAGGAUUACGAUAAUCGUGUCGAUGAGUUAAACGUUGAGCAUGAGAAGAAAUUGAAGAGUUUGAACGAGGAAAUUGACGAUCUUAAUCGGCAGUUGAGGGGUCGGAUUGUUACGACUAGUCAACAGGAAGUUGCGAAUUCGGGCGAGUUUGAGAUUGAUGAAGUGGUGCAAAGCUAUGAGAGACGGUUGCAAGAACAAGUCACUCUAGCUAAAAUUGACAUCAUUGCUGCGUUAGAAUUGCAGAUACAGCGACUUGUCGCAAGCGACUCACUUGACGACGACUGGCCUGAAGAGCUCCUCCAGCUCAAAUCACGUUUUGCCGACAAAUACCAGACCGAAAUUGCCGCACUCAAGCAGCAACACUCGGAGGAAAUCGCUCGUUUGAAAGACGAACACUUGAAAAACCUCAACGCUGCUUUAGAACGUGCACGCAGACGUAGUCUUCGAGAUGCGGACAGUUUGAGUAAAGGCGAACUUGAAUUACUCAAAGAACGCGAUUUACUCAAAAAACAAACUCUGGCGUUGCGCAAUUUAUUGGGCGAGUUGAUUAAAUAUUUCACACAGUGUGAGGAUGAGCUAAAUAACACUUUGGUCGAGGAGCUCAUGACGAAAAAUUUCACACAAAUUGAGAGAGAAUUAGACUCGCUUGAGAACACCAGUGGCGUUAAAAGGGUUCAUCUGACACCGAAUUUUACCGAAUUGAUUGAUUUGAUCGACAAUUCGCCCGAUAAGGAUUUGGAAACGAUUGAUUUAAAGAGCGAGCUUGGUUCCUGUUUGGAGAAACUGAAAGCCGACGCCAAUGCCAUUCUACAGUUGAGCACAAGUUUUGCAAAAAGUGAGGAACUUGAGGUUCCAAAACGUAAAAACGAGUCGUUGGAAUUAACCCGGAAAUUGAUCAACGAAACACAGAUUAAAAACGAAUUGGUUGAUCAAUUAUCAGAGGCCAGAAGUAUAAUUCAUUCGCUUGAGACAGACAGAGGGGCGCUUGAAAAUCAACUGGAACAGCUCAUCGAACGGCAAAAAAAUCUCGAAUGUGAUUUGCUAACAGCGCGUGAUAAAAUCGCCGAAUUGAUCGAAAAUGGGCACAAGGAAAUUGUGUCGGAAGGUUACGGUGAAAAUGGGGAUCGUGGUGUUAGGGGUUUGGGAUUUUUAGCUGAAGCUGUUGCCGCAUUGAGUGUGUUACAAGAUGAGGCAAGAGUUUUGGUGGAAAAUCGCAGUCAAGUGGAUCAAAAUGUGGUCAAGUUGGUGGAGGGGUUGGCCAGGGCUGGGGAUAAAAUCGUGGAGGAGGCGAGGAGGGAGCGGGAGGAUCUGAAACAGCAGAUCGAGGCCGCCGACAAGAAAUACAAAAUAACUUGUCAAUUUUUGGAGGAUCAAGCCGCCGAACGCGAACAAGAACGCGACGAUGCCCAGAAGCAAAUCGAUUCAUUAAAAGACCAUUUAAGAGACAGGGAAAAGGAUAGGGCCACCUAUGAACGUUACACCACCGAGGUCGAACAUCUGGAACAACAACUGCGUGAUAUGUCAAAGUUAGUCGAAGUUGGCGAGAAGAAAGUCAAAGAAGUGGAAGGCGAGCGACAAGAAGCCGUUGAGAAAAUCUACGAGUUGAGGGACAUUAUCCGGGACUUGGAGGAACAAGUCAGAGUUAAAACCUCAACCGAAGAGGAAUUGAGGUCUAUAGUGAGCGAGUUGGAGAUAAUCGUGAAACAACAAGUCACCGACGAGAAAAAAGACGUUUCGGAAAACACAAAAGAGUUUCAUCAGUACGUUGGCGAUUUGGAGAAUGAAGUUCAAAGGUUACGACUGACCAGUGAGAUUGCGGGCAGUGAAGGCGCCCUGAAACAAAUCAAAAAUCAAUUGAGCGAUUUUGAAACAACUCUCGACAAGCGAACGAAGGAUUUGGAAGGUUUCCAUUCGACAGUUUCCACAACGUGUAGUUCCCCCAGUGAAGAUAUGUCAAUUCAAGAACGCUCGAUUUACGACGAAUGCGAAAUUCCCCUCCAGCAGUUGGCACGCCUGAAGGAAAAAUUGUUGAGGCAUUCGAGGGCCGAAGAUGCAGCGCUUAAACGCAUCCGCGACCUCGAAAUGCAAAUCGUGGCCCUCAAAAACGAUCUAGAGGAGUCGCAAACCGAGCGCGAAAUUUUGAGAAAACAAAUCUCCGAUCACUUGGUCCUAAUUUCAAAUCUCCAAAUACGUCUCGACGAACAACGAAUUCGUGCCGAACACAUUGAGAAACAAACAAACACAUCGUUGGAAGUGCAAAACUACGAUUUGAAAAAUACAAUCGCAAGUUUGGAGGAAAAAAUUGCCAAGCGGGACAAAACAAUAGCGCAGCUAAAAUCAAACAUUGACGAAACGAAAAAACGUCUCGAAGAGCGUGAAAAAGAGGACGAUCUCGUUGUACAAAUGCAGGAACAAGUCGAGUUUUUACGCUCCGAAAAUGCAAAAUUGAAAGAAGAAAGUAAAUUAUUGAAUUUGGACGAGAAAGAAGUCGAGUCUUUGAAUCGUUUGCUUUUGUCGGGCGUUUCGAUUCACGAUUUGGAGAAUUUCGAACAAUGUAGACGACAAAUGACCGAUUCGUUCCCCAUAUCACCAAUCCCCGGACGAAAAAAUCACGAAACUACGUUUUUGUCGUUGCCGAAUAAAGCAAACUCGACCGAAAAACACGUCCGUUUUGAAGACGACCAAUUGAAGCAACUUGAAGGCAAAAUUGAGCUUUUGCAAACGCAUUUGGACGAAACUGAGGAGAAUUUGAAGAAAGCCACUCAAUUGUUUGAAGAAGAACAGAAGAAAAGUGAGGAGCAAAUCAAGUUACUUGAGGCCAAGAAUGGGGAAAUUGAGGCCAAUUUCCGGAAAUUGCUUCAAGAAGAAAAGACCAAAAGUGAAGAAAUCCAGGCCCGACUUGAUCAAGCAAACGACGAAAUGAAGAAAAGUAAGGAACUUGAGGCCAAUUUGCGGUUGCAAAACGAAGAGAUCCAAGCCAGGCUUGACCAAGGCACGGAAGAAAUGAAGAAAAGCGAAGCACAGUUACAGGAGUGCAGCAGAAGACUCGAAUCGCGGGACAAAGAAGUGAAAACUUUGUACAAAGUGAACAACGAAUUGAAGAACAGUGUGAAGAUAAAAGAGGAGGAGAUUGCCGAAAUUCCCCUUUUGAGGAAGAGGAAUGAAGAAGUGGGCGAAGAGCUGCGUCACUUGCAACACCUCCUCUUGGAAAAGGAGAAAAUAAUCGAGCAUAUGGAGGCUGACAGUAAAAGUCUUCACACGAAUUUGGAAACGAUUCAAAAUAAAUUGCAAGAGACGGGAAAUGUGGUCGAUCUCAGUCGGCGUUUGCGCGACGAACAGAAGAAAAACGCCGAAUUGUUUGAGGAGUUGCACACGCUAAAAGCCCAGCUUUUGAGUGUUGAUAAAAAAUCGCUCGAGGAUAUUACGAGUCAAAUUGAGCGCGAGUUAAAUUACUCGGCUUAUUUGGAUGCGAAUUUGUUGAAUGCGGUCGGUGAGGGCUCACUUGAAAGUGAAGAUGUGGACGGCUUAAAACUACUAUUGAAAAAACAGAAAUCUGUAAACAAACAAUUGGUGAAAGCCCGCGAAGCGGUCGAAACAAAAUUCGAACUUUUGGAACAAAAAUACGAAAAUUUGAAAAAGGAGCUGGAACGCGUCCAAUUAGAGGACGCAGUUUUAAUCGGCCAGUUGCGGACGAAGUUGACUCAAACGAUGGACGUUGAGGACGAGGCUUUGAGGGACUUGAGGGAGAGUAAAAAGUACGAACUGGGCGUGAAAAACGAGAAAAUAAUCGAAUUGGAGUCGCAAAUUUCGGCGUUUGAGCACAACGAGCGACUUUUGAGGGCCGAUUUGGAAGCGAAAGUCAACGAAUUGGGCGCGUGUAAAGUGUUGCAGGAGCAAAGUAAGGCCGAAAUUCGCAAAUUAAAGCGCCUGCUGUCGGAGCAUAAAGCAAAAUCGAGUGACUUAGUCCCGGACCAAAUCAUGGAGAAAAUCAAAGAACUGAACGCCGUGGCGCGCGAUAACAAGCAAAUGAUUGAUUUAAUCGCGCGUUUGAACAACGAGAAGUUGGUUUUGGAGGAGAGAAUCGUUGCGUUGGAGGAGCACCACAAUUAUUUGCCGUUUGAUGAUCCGUCCGAACGUGCGAAUUAUCUCUUUGCCAAGUAUUUGCGGUCCGAGAGUUACCGUAAAGCGUUGGUGUGGCAGAAAAAAUACCUAAUAUCGCUCAUUGAGAUGGUUUAUGUCACUCCGGUUGAGCACUCGAUUGUUCCAAAGCGGGCCAAGUUCAAGCAUGUUGGUAUUAUGGUUGUGUCGAUUUGUCGUAUGAAAUAUUUGGUUAAAAGGUGGCAUUCGGGCAAACGAAUCGUUCGGAGAAAAAGUCGAGAAACGGUUAAUUUCCAAGUUGGUCAGCCUGUGUCAAGUCAGAAUUUCGUUCCUAGUGCCUUAAACCAGCCCAAGACGGAUAUGCCAUGGGUGGGGACGUCGCCCCCGACUAAAGAGCCCCAAGUUUUGAGGUUUCAAAGGAUAGCGACAAGGGAUGCGUUAAGUAGUCCUGGGCUCUUGUCCAAAUACGUGGAACGGUUCAAUCAAAUCCAGGAUAAGUUGGGGUUGGACACUCAGUGAUUGGUUGUGUCUUUAACGAAGUCUAGUCAUUGAUUUAGCCGAAUGACAUUGUGCCUUGCCUUUCAGCAACGAAGUGAGAUGUAUUUUGAUUAAGUGUAAAGUUAGGUUUAAGCGAAUUUUGUAAUUGUUUGUUUUUGCACUUUAAACGAUUUCAGAUAAA